ACGUGUGUGUCUGUGUAUUUGUGUGUGUGUGUGUUUUCUGUGUAGGUACGGACCCAGCCACAGACCUGCGUGGUACAGGUUUCCUGGGGCUGAUGCAUGCCUUGUACCUGGUAAUGGACCCUGAGACGCUGCCUUUAGCCAGAGACAUCUUCAAGCUGUCCCAGCACCCCACACAGAACUUUCCUUUCUGUGUGAUGUCCAUCAAUAUGACCUGUAUCGCCCUGCAUGCACUCAGAGAAGAGGCCCUCUCCAAGGAGUGUAACCGUCGACAGCAGGUAGUGGGGGUGUUGAAUGGGUUCUACGUUGCCACGUUCCUGCCUCUACCAGCUGUGGAAGAGCCAGCAGAAGACCAUCUCUGA